AUGGCUAACAACGCUGCUGCCUGUGCUGAGAGAGCAACUAAUGACUUGCUCAGCGGCCCGGACUGGGCUAUCAAUAUAGAGUUGUGUGAUAUCAUUAAUAUGGACCCGGGGCAAGCAAAGGAUGCAUUGAAGAUAAUCAAGAAGCGAUUGGGCAGUAAAAAUCCAAAGAUACAGCUUCUGGCACUUUUUGUACUGGAGACCCUCAGUAAAAAUUGUGGUGAAAGUGUAUUUCAGCAGAUAAUUGAACGGGAUAUCUUACAUGAAAUGGUUAAGAUUGUGAAGAAAAAGCCGGAUUUAAAUGUGAGGGAAAAGAUAUUGAUUUUAAUUGAUACAUGGCAAGAAGCUUUUGGGGGGCCAACUGGAGUUUAUCCUCAAUAUUAUGCAGCAUAUAAUGAAUUGAAGUCUGCUGGAGUUGAAUUUCCACCAAGAGAUGAGAAUAGCGUACCAUUCUUUACUCCUCCUCAAACUCAGCCAAUUGCUCAUUCUGCUGAAGAAUAUGAUGAUGCUACUAUUCAGGCUUCUCUCCAGUCAGAUGCAUCUGGCCUUAGUUUGACAGAAAUUCAAAAUGCUGAAGGACUAGCUGAUGUGUUAAUGGAAAUGCUUAGUGCCUUGAAUCCUAAAGACCAUGAGGGUGUGAAGGAGGAAGUGAUUGUUGACCUUGUUGACCAGUGCCGUUCAUACCUAAAGCGGGUCAUGCUUCUUGUGAACAGUACUACGGAUGAGCAGCUUCUAAUCCAGGGAUUGGCACUGAAUGACAGCCUUCAGCGAGUGCUCCGUCGGCAUGAUGAUAUUGUGAAAGGAACUGCUGAUUCAGGUGCUAAAGAAGUAGAAACUUCAGUUCUGCCACUUGUAAAUGUAAACCAUGAGGAUGAUGAACCAGAGGAAGAUUUUACUCAACUAGCCCAUAGGUCAUCACGUGAUACUCUAGUACAGAAUCGGAAACCAGUCUAUGACAAGGUAGAACCAGGGAGGAUAAACCCACUUAUUCCCCCACCGCCAGUAUCAAAGAGGCCAGUCUACUCUGGCACCGGUAUGGUUGACUAUCUCAGCGGUGAUACUUACAAGGCAGAAGGAUCUCCUGAAAACUCGAACCCCACUUCAGUUGCAGCUCCUGUCCAUUCUAGCCCUAAUCCAAACUCAUCAUUUUCUUCAUCUCGGCCGCAUGCCGUGAGUACUUCAUCACCAAUUUUUAGCAGCCAGCCGGUGUACGACGAACAGCCAUCUUCUGUGGACAGAUCUUCAGAGAGUCUGCCACCAGCUCCCUGGGACACUCAAUCUCCUGGCAUCAUUCCACCCCCACCUUCAAAGUAUAAUCAGAGACAACAGUUUUUUGAGCAGCAAGGUGCAUCCCAUUCAAGUAGUGGAUCCAGUUCCUCUUAUGACAGCUUGGCGGGACAAACUCAAAAUCUCUCCCUGAAUUCAUCCUCCCCAACCAAACAACAGAAGCCAGAAGAUGCCCUUUUCAAAGAUCUUGUUGAUUUUGCAAAAUCCAAAACCUCGUCAUCUUCCAAACCUAAUAGGUCAUAUUGA